UUUUUUAAAAUAAUUGAAAAAAAUAAUUCAAUUUAAAAUUGAAUAAUUGAAUUUAAUAAAGAAAUUUUACGAGGCCUUUAAAAUUGCUUCAACAUUAAUUAUUAAUAUUAAUUAAUUGUUAUUAGUUUAAUUAUUUACGAAUAUUAAUUAUUAAUAUUAAUUACUAAUUUAAUUAAUUAAUUAAUUAAAUUUUUUAUAAAAGAAAAUCUCCACCAACUUUUCGUUUCCUUUUUCAAAAAUGGAUCUGGAAAGUUUACUAAACAAAAAACGAUCACAAUUAAAAUCAUGUCAAACAAUUGUCACCGAUACGAGUGGAAGAAAAUUCUGCUACGAAAAUGGCGAGAAACGUGAAUUAGAAAAAGGUCUCUCAUUUAUUGUUGACACAAAACCAGAUUUGGAAAUUGUGGAAAUAAUUUCUGGUCUUUAUUUAAGUUCACAGGAUCCGGUGAUGAGUGAGGAAUUAUUAUUGAAAUAUUCGAUAAAAAAUAUUCUCAGCAUUGGCAUUCAAGUGCCAGUGAAAUUUAAUUCAAUUCGUUAUUAUUUUAUUGAAAUUCUCGAUUUGCCGGAAUUUGAUAUUUUUCAAUGUCUAAAGCAGUGUUUGGAAAUUAUCGAUAAUUGUUGUUGUCAUGGCGAUGAAAAUAUUUUAGUUCAUUGUAAUGCGGGAAUUUCACGUUCACCGACAAUUGUCAUUGCUUAUUUAAUGGCGAGAGAAAAAUUAACGUUUCACGAUGCUUUUCAACGUGUUAAAUUGCAACGCGAACGAAUUAAACCGAAUGAAGGAUUUAUUAGACAAUUGACGAUGAAUUCUCAGGAUAUUCAAGGAUUUUUUGAAUAUAAUUUUGAAUAAAUUUGUAACUAUUGUGAUUUUUUGUUAAUUUUUUGUAAUUUUUGGUAAUUAUUUUGGUAUUUUUUUUCAUUUUUAAACUUUUUUUUAAACUUUUUUUAAAACUUUUUUAAAAAUAUUUUCUACUAACUUUUUGUAUCAAUUUGUAUUCUUCGAUUAGUGUUAAUAAUUUUAUCAUAAUUAUUAAUAAUUAAUAAAGUGUUUUUUUUGUGUAAAAAA